UCUUCCAGCUGUGUUGUGACUUGGCACUUCCUCUCCUGGCUUCACCCCCGUCUUCCAUCCUUUCUACGAAGGUUCGGCCGUCCACUAGUCGGGUAUGGGGGAGAGGGAAAGUCCACCAUUUCACUGGAAGUGCCCAAAAGGGGAGCACCGGAGUGUCUUUUUGUCUUAUCGCUCACCAGGUUAUAGACAAGCCCGGUGACGCAAAGGUUUGACUCAGGAGGGGACGGGCUAAUACUUGCAAGGAUCCCCUCGCUGGCAUUCAUGAAGGCGCGUUGAAAGCGAAACAUGACGUUUGCAGUCAUGAUGCGGAUACUUUUAUGUCUUCUCAGCGCACCGGCGUUUACACGUGAGACCGUUACGUCCCGCAGAGAGACAUCAAGCAGUCCAAAAGUUCUUCUGACGAUAUUGGGUAAAGAAUGCAAGUUUCCUUUUCGCCAAGGAGGACAAAUUCAUCAUAGCUGCAUCACGGUCAUUGUCUCCAGACCUUGGUGCUCUCUAACAUCUAAUUUCGACCGGGACCGUCUGUGGGGUUACUGCGCCCUGGAGCAACAACAUACCAAUGGCUCCGUCCACACGUCACGAAGAAUCAUCAAUCCAUGUAAGGAAAAGCCGUGUCGCAACGGAGGCACCUGCAUCCCACACAAUCUAGCAUUUGAGUGUCUGUGUCCCGAGAAGUUCUCUGGAAGAAUUUGUGAGCACAAAAAGUGCUAUGAAACUGUACACCUGCACUAUUAUGUUGAGGGAGAGUCUUGGGGUCGCAUUUACCUUCGCAACGUAGAGCAGUGCACAUGCAUCCAUGGUCAAAUCGAGUGUCAGCGAGUCCGUUACACCACGUGUCGCUCCAACCCGUGCCAGAAUGAUGGAACGUGCCGGAUGAUCAUAGCCACCGGCAAGGAAGUGUGUAACUGCCGAAAGAGCUACAGCGGACCGCUCUGUAGCUUUGAGCCCGAUAGCGAGUGCUACAGCAGUCGAGGUACAAACUACAGGGGCGUGGUGUCUUCCACGGCGUCCGGCACCCAAUGUCUGCCGUGGAACUCAGACCUGCUCUACAAUGAGCUUCACGUGGGCACUGUGCUGGCAGCUCCCCUCAGGGGCCUCGGGGAGCACGCUUACUGCAGAAAUCCUGAUGGAGACAAAAUGCCGUGGUGUUACGCUCUGAAUAAGGGCGCCAUCUCCUGGGAGUACUGUGACGUGCUUUCCUGCAAGAUGCCUUUCUCCUCUUCUCGUCGGAUUAACAUGUUCAACACGCUCCCAGGACUCGGCAAUGCUAAGCCAUCCAAGCCAGCUUCAAAGAAGGCCGUGUGCGGUACAAAGCACAAGAAGAGAGUGUCGGUCGCCAGGGGAAGGAUCGUAGGAGGAAACGCUGCACUUCCUGGUACUCAUCCCUGGAUGGCUGCCAUUUAUUACGGAGAGUCUGAAUUCUGCGCCGGAACCUUAAUCGCCUCCUGCUGGGUUGUCUCUGCAGCACACUGUUUAUUUCGGAAUCCCCUGACGUCCCAGCUUCGAGUGGUCCUCGGCCAGCACCACUUCAACGUGAGCGGCAGGGACACAAGAACGUUUGGAGUGGACAAGUACAUCUUUCCCAAACAGUUCUCCACGUUUAACCCCAUGCUACAUGACAUCGUCUUGAUCAAACUGAAGAAACAAGACGGCCGAUGCGUCAAGAGGACACAGUUCAUCAGACCCAUUUGUCUCCCAGAUGGAAAUGUCUCCUUCCCUGAUGGCUACUGCUGCACCAUCAGCGGAUGGGGUCGCUUGCAUGAGAAAGCAGAUGGCUACUCCAAUCUGCAAGAGGCGGGAGUGAGGCUAAUCCGCCACGACGUGUGUCGGAAACCAGAGGUGUUUGGCAACCAUGUCACUGCCAACAUGAUUUGCGCGGGGCUCAACGGUUGUGUGGACGCUUGUCAGGGGGACUCUGGGGGCCCGCUAGCCUGUACGAGGAAUGACGUCAGUUUCCUGUAUGGGAUUAUCAGCUGGGGAGAGGGCUGCGGCAACUCAAAAAAACCAGGUGUUUACACGAAAGUGGCCAACUAUAUGGACUGGAUCAAUUCUGUCAUCAAACCAAAACCAAAGACGACUUGAAAGGACAUGUUUUCUUUAGCUUUAAUUAUAUUUCACUUUUGAUACAGUUUUAUGAUGUGUUUUUUUUUUGUGAAAGUCGAUCACCUUUUCCAAACUGUGAACAAAAAUGGAGACUGAAUAAACUUUUAAUAUUCCUGUUUUUUCCCCUAACACGUAAAUGUGUGUAUCCAUAUUAAAACUACUUCUGGUAAUAUCCUAACAAGGGAGGGCUUCCGAAUUUUGUGUUUUUAUAAGGACAGACUGAAGUCUGUUGUUAUCGGUCAAAGUGUAAUCAAACAGAGUCCAUUUUUGAUAACUUUGUCGAACGAGUCGUUACCUCCCGGGUGAAGAUUCGGUACUGGCUAAACGAGUGCAUUUAUAGCAAACUGCCUCUGGGUCAUUUUACAAUUUUUCAUGCCAGCAAAGCAAGAUGCUUGAUAAAAAGUUCUAAAAAAUUAAGACUCCACUUUUUAAGCUAGCUCAAUGCUAAUUUACACUAGAUAUGAAUGUUGACAGUCUGCCUGUGUUGGCCCUGCGAUGAGGUGGCGAUUUGUCCACAGUGUAGCCCGCCUUCCGGGAAUUCAGCUGGGAUAGGCUCCAGCCACCCCCGCGACACCGAGAGGGACAAGCAAUACAAAAUGGAUGGAUGGAUGCCAUAUACAUGCUACUGAUUAGCAUUAGCAAUUUACAGUGCAGUUUUAACUUCCCCAAAAUUUGGCAAUCAAAACUACAACUAGGAUGCUUGUUACAAUCAAACAACUGCAGAGUAAUAUUCAAUACUUAGAGUAUACACACUUUGUAGGACUCCACAAAAGACAAAACUGGCUUUUUCAACAUAAUGGCAAAGACUACUUCCUGACUUCGACAACACACCUCGGACUAACUGAAUUUAAUGCAUAGUUGCAAAUUAGACUCAGAAGUGUAAGAAAAAAAGCCAUAACACCUGGACAGAAAAUGUAUUAUCAGCUCGGUGUUAAAUGCUGAAUUAGAAUAUUGAAUUUUAUUAUUAAAAAAUGUAACAUUUAUCACCACAUGAACACACAGAAAAUUGGUACAGAUGAGUACCGAUACUGAUUCCCAGGUAACGGGAAUUGGUACCUUCGGUUCAAAUGUGAGUGGUACUCAUCCCUAAACCCAACCUUUAUAUUACCGUAAAAUCGUGAUGUUGUCCUGACUAUUUGAUUAUAGAUUUUUGUAGGAUUUUAAUUUCUCGUAUUAUUAUAGCCCUCUUAAAACCAGGCGUUUUUUUAUUGCAAAAUAGCUGCGUUUUUGCGGAUUAUGAGUUUAUAAAAUUGUGAUUGAAAACAACAUUGUUUGUAAUAAUGUAAUUUUAACACGUUUUUGUCAUAUCUAUUUAGCACAUAGUUUUUUCCUAAUUGUAUACUUAAUUUUCUACAACUUAAAAAAAUAUAUAGUUUUUUAAAAUUAUAUAUAAAUAAAUAUAUCCAUCCAUCCAUCCAUCUUCCUCCGCUUAUCCGAGGUCGGGUCGCGGGGACAGCAGCCUAAAUAUAGUUUACAUCAUAUUGAAUGUCUCCUGAAUCUUCCACAAAACAGCAGAUUUUUAAGUAUUUCAUAAGAUUACAACUUUCCUAAUUUUCAGGUUUAACUGCUAUCUACUUUUAAAAAUGUUGCAUGUUUUGUCAUAUUAAAAGAG